AUGAGCGACGUCAAGAAGAAGAAGAGCAAGAAGUCCAAGGGCGGUGAUGAACAAUAUGGCGCCGGCGCCGCCUCCGCAGCAGCAGCCCCUCAGGCGGCCACGGAGUACAUGAUCCGGCCGGAGACGACAAAACCGGCCCUCAACACGUCCCAGUGGCCGCUGCUGCUGCGCAACUACGACGACCUCGAGUGCAGGGCGGCGCACUACACGCCCCUCCCGAGCGGUUGCUCCCCGUUGAAGCGCGAGCUCAAGGAGUACAUCCGGUACGGCGUCAUCAACCUUGACAAACCCGCCAACCCAUCGUCUCACGAGGUGGUGGCGUGGAUCAAGCGAAUCCUCCGGGUGGACAAGACGGGCCACAGCGGAACGCUCGACCCCAAGGUUACCGGGUGCUUGAUCGUGUGCAUAGACCGAGCGACGAGGCUGGUGAAGGCGCAGCAGAGCGCGGGGAAGGAGUACGUGGGCCUCGCGAGGUUUCACAGUGCGGUGGACGGGAGCGCGGUAGAGGCGAGGAUGAAGGUGGAGAAGGCGGUGGGAUUGCUGACGGGUGCCCUCUUCCAACGGCCACCCUUGAUCUCCGCCGUUAAGAGGCAGCUCCGGAUCCGAACUAUCUACGACAGCAAGCUCAUCGAGUACGACAACGACCGUCAUCUAGGAAUUUUCUGGGUGAGCUGCCAGGCGGGGACCUACGUGCGAACGCUGUGCGUCCACCUGGGCCUCAUCGUCGGGACGGGGGGGCACAUGCAGGAGCUCCGGCGGGUGCGGUCGGGGGUGUUGUCGGAGGAGGGUAACCUGGUGACGAUGCACGACGUGCUGGACGCGCAGCACGUGUACGACACCAAGAAGGACGAGUCUUACCUCAGGAGGAUCAUCAUGCCGCUCGAGGUGUUGCUGCUGACGUACAAGAGAGUGGUGGUGAAGGACAGCGCCGUUAACGCGGUCUGCUACGGCGCCAAGCUCAUGAUCCCGGGGCUCCUGCGGUUCGCGGCCGACAUCGAGAUCAACACCGAGGUGGUGAUGGUAACGACAAAGGGGGAGGCGAUAGCGGUUGGCAUAGCGCAGAUGAUUUCUCCCGUCAUGGCAACGUGCGACCACGGCACGGUGGCGACGAUCAAGAGGGUCAUCAUGGAGAGGGACACCUACCCGAGGCGGUGGGGGCUGGGCCAUGUUGCCACGAAAAAGAAGGCCAUGGUCAAGAGCGGCCUUCUGGACAAGCACGGUCGCGAGAACGCCUCCACUCCCAAGGACUGGAAAACCUCGUACCACGACCUCACCCCCAAGGCGAUGAAGAAGGACGCGGGAGAGAGCGGCGACGCUGACGCUGGUGCCAGCGCAGGUGCUGCCCAGGAGGCCCCUGCUCCUGAUGCGGCCGAAGGAGAGGAGAAGAAGAAGAAGAAGAAAAAGAAGGACAAGGACAAGGACAAGCAGUCCAAGAAGCGUAGCGCGGAGGGGAGCGAUGAGGACGCGGCGGGUAGCCCGAGUUCCGAAAAGAAGAAGAAGAAGAAGAAGAAGAUCAAGACGGAGGCCGAGGCGGAGUAACCCUCUCUGCAGAAGAUUAGUUACCAACCUACAUUUGACUAUGCAGAAAUAGUUAUGCAACCUACAUCCCCCAUCGCAAUGCCCCCCGAUCGAUGUGAUGUUGUUGUUGUCGUCGUGAUUCAUUUGUUUGGUGUCGCGUUAGUAGUUACCUUCUUGAUUGUUGCGGUGGACUGGAGCAUUCGAGGGGGACCUGCUCAUUUUCCUUUCUUUCAUUCACCCUUUUGACCGGGGUCGAUCGUAUCCCGGUUAAGUUUUCUUUUUUCGAUUGGGUAAGAAAGAUGAUGGCGUGUUGCAAGUUGGAGGACUUCUCUGGAGUCCAUUUUUAUUUGAUUUCUAGAACGUUGUACCCCCUAUUUUUGGGAUAGGUGGCUUGUGACCACGGAAGGUUUGCGCGUCAGUUGGACCAGGACGGACAUUGGAAGGUACUUAGCGGAGAUGGAACGGUGUUUGAUCUGACGACAACAACAACUAGGAACGAGUACCAGGUAACUCUCCUGACAUUGUUCAUUCUUUUCUGGU